AUUUCAGUAAAUAUUCAAAAUCGACCCUGAUACCCAACGGGUCAAAACCUGAUCCAGAUCAAGCCCAGAUCUAAUUCAAGUCCUCUCUUACAUUCUAUAUCGGGCAAGCAUUGGCUCUCCGAGUUUAGUCCAGAUCAAUAUUUUCUCGCUACGAGUUUCAGCGGAGUCGCAAAAGCUUCAGGAGAUUAAGAUGUCAGGAAGGAAAGAAACAGUGUUGGAUUUGGCCAAGUUUGUUGACAAAGGUGUGCAAGUGAAGCUCACUGGAGGAAGACAAGUGACAGGGACUCUGAAAGGGUAUGAUCAAUUGCUAAAUCUUGUCCUGGAUGAAUCUAUUGAAUUUCUUAGAGAUGCUGAUGAUCCAUUGAAGACCACUGAUCAGACCAGACGACUUGGCCUAAUAGUGUGUAGGGGGACCGCUGUGAUGCUUGUAUCACCAACUGAUGGUACAGAUGAGAUUUCCAACCCUUUUGUCCAGCCAGACGGGGCCUAAAUAUGUCUUCAAUCUGUUUUCCUUCCCAAACCACUAACUUCGAAUCUGUAUGCCCUUCUAUGCUUGGUCACCACACUUUUAUUUAAAAGCUGCUCAUUGCAAAAUAGAUAGUUUCUUAUUAUAUUGGUUUUAGCCUACUCUUAGCACUUGAAUCAUGCUACACAAUGAACUACUCUGUUAAAAUUGUAUAUCCCUGUGUCCGUCUCCAUUGAUGCUCCUCACUCUGAAAUGUGCUUUGUUUGCGACUCUUAUUUCCAUACUGAAGAUGACUUCGUCAGCAAAUGAUGAUGAAUGAAGAGUGAAACAUUGUUUCCA